ACUACCCCUCCUGCCAGAGUUGGGUUUACCACACGGCUUGUUGGCUUGUUGCCAUGGCGUGCAGGGAGACCGGCAUCAGCAGAAUACGGACCGGCACUAGCGGCGGCAUGACGAAGGAUGCCGCCGUGGCGGUUCACGGCGAGCCUACGCGGGGGAACACGCCGUUGUCCGUCUCCUUCAGCAUGCCGGGCUCGCCGUCCGGGCUCCACCUCGCGCAGGCGCGACACCGCAUGCUGCCGUCCGCCCACGCCAGCAUCGCCGAGGUGCACGCCACUCCGGUGCUGCCAAGCGAGUCAGAGGCCGAGGGUCGCCAUCCCGUCGUGCCGCAGCUCCUGAAGCACCCGCAGGCGUCGGUGGUGAUCGAAAGUGCCGGAGAGGGGCCGCGGAGCAACAGCACGCGCGAGCUGGACCGCCAAUUCGACCAGUUCAGGACCUUCUCCGGCCGGCUCAACCGCCAGAUCUCCAACCUCCGUGGCCUGCCUCAGGACCCGACGGGGACCGACGUCGAGCACGGUGCAGUGUCCAAGCUCUUGGAGGAGGACACCGACGUCCCCACCGCCGACCGCUACUUCGCCGCCCUCGAAGGACCCGAGUUCGACACCCUUCGUUCAACAGAGGUGGCGGUGCUGCCCAAGGACAAGCCAUGGCCGUUCCUUCUCCGAUUCCCGAUUACCGCAUUUGGGAUGUGCCUUGGCGUGAGCAGCCAGGCGAUGCUAUGGAAGACGCUUCAGUCGGAGCCCUCCACGGCAUUCCUCCACGUACACCCUGCCGUCAACCACGUCCUCUGGUGGGUCUCCGUCGCCCUCACCGGCAUCGUCUCCAUCACCUACCUCCUCAAGGUCGUCUUCUACUUCGAGGCCGUCCGCCGCGAGUUUCACCAUCCUGUGCGCGUCAACUUCUUCUUCGCGCCCUGGAUCGUCUGCCUAUUCCUUGUCAAGGGCGUGCCGCAUCCGGUGUGGAAGAUCCACCAUGUCGUCUGGUACGUUCUCAUGGCGCCAAUCCUCUGGCUCGACCUCAAGAUCUAUGGCCAGUGGAUGUCCAGUGGCGAGCGGCGCCUCUCCAGGGUGGCCAACCCAUCCAACCACCUUGCCAUCGUUGGCAACUUCGUCGGCGCUCUACUCGGCGCCAGGAUGGGCCUCAGGGAGCUGCCAAUCUUCUUCUUUGCCGUCGGGUUGGCCCACUACAUUGUGCUCUUCGUCACCCUCUAUCAACGGCUCCCCACCAAUGUACAACUCCCCAAGGAUCUCCACCCGGUCUUCUUUCUUUUUGUCGCCGCGCCUAGCGUCGCAUCCAUGGCCUGGACAAGGAUCUCCGGUGAGUUCAACGAUGGUGCCAAGCUCCUUUACUACAUCUCGCUCUUCCUCUUCAUGUCACUCGUGGCACGGAUCAACCUCUUCCGAGGGUUUAGGUUCUCGCUGGCAUGGUGGGCGUACACAUUCCCGAUGACGAGUGUGGCCCUGGCGACGGUAUUGUAUGCAUCAGAGGUGGACAACUUGGUGACGCGGGCAAUGGCACUGGGCCUUUCAGGGAUUGCCGUCAUGACCGUCAUCGCAAUGCUGGCCACCACCAUGUACCAUGCCUUUGUUUGCGGAGACCUCUUCCCCAACGACGUCUCCAUCGCCAUCACAAAGCAGAGACCUAAAUUCAGCAAGAUUCUCACGCACCUUCAGACGUCCGGCUCCGAUAUCAAGGAGCUCGUUCUCUCCAUCCCCAAUUUCAGUUCAAAUUCCAAGCAUGGCGUCUACUCUGACGACUCCGACUCCAAUGCUAGGACGAGCAACGACGACUCGGUGAGGGUCCGAUGACUCACAUGCAUGGAAGAGAAUAAUGGCGUUAGAUGGUGCCACAACACGUUGUGUUCAGGGAAUGCACGCACAUCUGGCUUAGAUUGAUGAGUACAAACUCAUUUGUACAUAACGCUUUCUCUCUGUUUGUUUAAAUAUCACAAUUUGCCAAUUUUGCUGCACACAGCGGCGAUUGGCGGCAAUAACCUCGAGCAAUGUGAUAUGAUUGUGGGAAUUAACUGUUGGGUUUGUAAAGUUAAUGGUUAUAUCUAAGUUUGU